CCGCUCACUACUCGCGAAGACACCAGCGCCGCCGACAAAGAUGCCAUCGCAGCUCGCAAAGCUCUCUCGCCAGCUUACCAACUGUGGUUCACUUGCAAAAAGUGUCUCGAGCGCAGUGGGCAUACCGUCUCAAAACAGGCCUACCACUUUGGAACCUGCGUGAUCAAUUGUCCCAAAUGCAAAUCCCAACAUUUGAUUUCCGACAAUUUGAAGAUUUUCGAGGAUACCAAGAUGACCAUGGAGGACAUUGCGAAGAAGUAUGGAGAGAAGUUAAGGAAAGGGAGACUGGGCGCGGAUGGAGAUGUGGAGUUUUACGAUGAACGGGCUGAUGAGAUUGUGGCUCAGGAGGGGGAGGCGAAGAAGGAACAGGAU